GAUUUGGUGAUUGUUUGGAGGGUAAACUAGUGUUGUGUGACUAUCAGGGAGAGGGACAUACAGAAGGAAACAAAGUCGAAGAGGGAAGGGGUAUAGAGAAAGGAAAAUGGCGGCAGUGGAGUUGGAAGCAACUGAAGAAUGGAUCAGAGACAAGGUCCAAUUGAACAACCAAAGACUGGAUGAAGUGGAGUUUCUCUCAUUGCAGGGAACCUAUAGUGACAAAAUUAGCUGUCUUGGAGAUGCAUUUUUGAACUUCAGGAGACUCAAGUCUCUGGAUUUGUCGAGAAAUUCUAUUGUCAGCCUCGGGGGUUUGGAGAAUUUGCAUUCAUUGGAAAAGUUAAAUUUAUAUUAUAAUAAUGUACCAUCUUCAAAGGAGAUUUCCAGCUUGCGUCAUUUAACCAAUUUGAAAGAACUUGACUUGCGCCUGAACCCAGUUACUAGGAAUGAGGAGAACUACAGACUGUAUAUAAUACACCUACUACCAAGUUUAAAGAAACUGGAUGAUAGACCUGUGCGGGACAGUGAACGAAAAGCUGCCCAAAUUCAAUUUGUUUCAAGCGAGCAAAAAGAAGAAGCAGACCUAGACAGAGAAGAAGAGAGGAACUAUAUAAAGAAGAACUUUGCAUAUGAGAAAGAUGAACAAAAUUCUGUACAUUCAUCAAUUAAAUACAAGUGGGAUGGUGCAUCAGAUCUUAAAGUUGAUUUGAAGGAACGGUGGGCACCACAUGACUUCCAGCUGUCAAGUGAUCGUCAAGAAUCUUUGAGCUGUCGGCCUUCAUUAUCAUCUGUUUAUUCUGGCAGAGACUUGAGGGAAGCAAGAGAAAAUGAUACAUCAAGCAAAAUGGGUAUAGAUACUAUGGAGGUUGAACCAUCAAGAAGUGGACAAUAUCACAGUUACCUUGAAGAAGACGAUAACAAAACCUAUCAUUCACCAUCUCGCUCAUCUCUACGUCCUGUUGGAAAGAGUGUUUGUAAUCGACCCAGGGAAGGAUUCAGAGUAACAUUUUCAGAUAAAAUUCUGGAUUCCAAUACUGACGAAAGCAGUAUCCAGAAAAAUUUUAUCAAUUCAGAUUUGCAGUAUGACUCUUCUUCAGGGUAUAAUAAGAAAGAAAGCUUGCUUCAGACCAGGGAAAGAAACCAUACAAAAUACACAGAUAUUUCUGUGAAAGAUUCUUUAGCAAACAUUGACGUAAACAACUUUUUGUCAUACGAUUAUCACAAGCAAUCAAACAUGGAUACGAAAACGUAUCAAUCUACGCUGGAGCCUCAGAAUUCUUAUUUACAUCGUCAGACGGAUAAACCAAGCAUUGGGACGCACAAUGACAGAUCAUUUACAACUAAUUCAGAUUUGAAAACAAGUAGCACAUAUGGAAUCAGAAAAAAUACCUAUGUAGAUGACGGUGCCAGUAGUCAGAGAUCAAAAAUGACUUCUAGCGGCUUAAUACCACGUCACGGAACUUCAACAUCUGACCACUUACUUGAUCGGCAAAGUUUGGUUUCACCUGCCAGUUCUUUCACAUCCCUUUAUUCCAAUAGUUCAAAGAGAGGCUUUAUUGAGCAUAUGAGUACAGAAUUUACAACCAACAAGAAUUUGGAGAGACGAUCGCAACUAACCACAGCCAAUGUAGAAAAUUUUGAGUCUAAAUUAGAACCGAAGAAAACAAGCAGUUUAAGUUCAUUAUCGUGCAUACAGCCAAGUUACGAUAGGAAGCAAACAGCUCUGAAUAAAUUGCAUGAAGUAGAGGAAUGUGGUGAUUAUCGUUCUCGAACGCCAGUUGGGCUCAGUUGUAGUUUCUCUGCGAGUGUUUCCUCCCUCUUGCUGAAUCUACUUGAUCUAGUGGAUCAACAUUGGAAUGGUUUGAGAUCCCUUCAGUCAAACCAGAGAUUUCUUACUCCAGCUCAUGAACUACUGUCCAAUUUGGUUAACUCUGUAUCCGUACCAAAAAUUCAAAGUCUAGAAAAAAAAGUUAAAGCAUUGACUGAAGAAAACAAAUCUUUGCUGACCAGAACAGGGUUUGGUCUGGACACUGCAGAAUUACAGCGUGUAAAGCAUCAAUUGACUCAGAAACAAGAUGAUCUGGAAAGUUUAAGAGGAAGACUAGCAAAAGUCCUGGAUGAAAACAAUAAGCUGCGUUCUCAACUAACAAGUUUAGAACUUGCUAAUUGUGCUGGAAAUCAACUACAGAAUAAGGAUUUGCAGAAAGACAACGAAAGACUAACCUUGGAGGUUGAAUACCUAAAUCAGCAAAUAAAGCAAUACAGCAAAUUACAAGAAACUGUCACCAUGUUACAGGAGAGCCACAGAUCUCUAGUAUCCACGAAUAAUUACCUACAGCAGCAGCUGAACGUAAAUAGUGCUGGCCAAAAUAAUGAUGCACCAUAUCAUCUUAAUUCUCAUCGGAUGAAAGCAUGGAGUAAACUCCCACCUUCAGAAAUCACAGAAUUGCCCUUAUCAUCUAAGCGUAGCUAUCACAGUACCUCAGAUAUACUGUAAUAAAACUGCUGUACAAUACAGUAACUAAACUCAAAAUGCCUAAUUCUAAUUAAAUUAGUGUUUGUCGGAAAUUGUAUUUGAGCUAAUCUUGUUUUUUUAAGGUCAUUGAAGUGUCUCAUUUCAACAGAAUUUGCAAUUGAACUGUAAAAUAAAUAUGCUUUGUUAAUAAAUAGCGUAGGCUACUUUGAAAUAACCAUGUACAUUUAUGCUAUAUGUGUAACGCAUUGUUAUUGUGAAGUUAUCACAAUUAAUGCAUUUAAUUUGUGAACUGUACAUGUUCAAAAUCCACACACUAGGUAGCAAUUUUUAAUCCACACAAGUGAGUGACUUUCUUGUGAAGUAAUCCUAAUAUUUCAGCUAAAUUUGUCUGUGCUAUUUAGUAACAAAUUUGGGUUACAUAAUACUGUUUUAACUUGCAAUGAAGUAUGGAUUAAUGUAUUACUGGUGAAAAGUGUAGAUUAAUUUGCACUUAUUGGUUAGAGUGUCAUUAAAAAUAACUGAUUUAAUGACCUUUAAACUAAAAUCUGAACACUAUAUUUGAUAUAAGUAAAAAUUUAGUUAAAUUUCAGCAUUGUAUGUUAUGCAAUGCUUUCACCUGGUUUGCAAAACAAAAUUACAAUACAUUAUUAUUCAUCAACGGAUCUGAAAACACAUUACGAAUUAUUUCAAGUUCUUUGCAAUGCAUUUUAGAGCAGUUGGUGCUUUGCAUUAAUGUUAUCCACAUGUUUGGUCAACAGUUUGUGUGGAUUUAAAAACUAAUAUUGUCAGUGUAACCUUUAGUAGUGACAGCACCUCAAUCUGGAAAUCACAGCAAUUAUUGAGUGAAACAAACCAAAAAGCUGGAAUUACUGGGUAGGAUAGGCAGUAUAGGCAAGAGGAGGAAGGUAAAUGAUCUGAUACAUUAAUCCUAACUUCCUCACCACUGAUAAGUACUUCAGAUUUCCAACAUCUGCAGUAUUUUGUUUUUUGUAAUCUCAUCUGGCCUGCCGAUUUAGUAGAAGUGUUAAUCAUGUUCAGACUUCUUUAAACGCUAUUAAUAUUGAAAUCUAAGAUGAUAAUGGAAUAUUUGGAACGCUAAAUGCAAUU